AUGACGCCGACAGUGAGGACAACAGCAACAACAACACAACAACAAAAGCAAGCACCUGUCGGCAGAAAGCAGGUGGAUUUAGCAAACAACCAGCUUUUGAGAAGUUCUAUUUCCAAUGUGAACUUGAAGAAGUCGAUUGAAGAAAAUAUCUGUCUUCAGUCUUUCCAGUCUCGUCCACCAUACAGCUCUGACCACGACCAGACAAAGAGAAACCCUCUGGUCUUCCCAGUUAAAGAAAGGCGACAAGGUCAACUUCUAGAUGGACUCGAUCGACAGACUGAUCUGUCUUAUACAAGGUCUGCUCAAGUACUGCAGGUCGCCCUACAAUCCAAGAUAAAGAAAUCUCUAACUUUUUCGUUGCAGCUUCAUCUCUAUGGCGAUGUGGAUGCACUCUUUAAUAAAUCCGAAAACGUCAUCUAUAUAUCUAACCACCAGAGUACUGUCGACUGGAUUGUCACCAAUAUGUUGGCUAUACAUCAAGGAAUGAUCGGUCACAUACGAUAUAUCCUCAAGGACAGUCUAAAGUUCCUGCCAAUGUAUGGAUUUUACUUCAGACAGCAUGGAUGUAUUUACGUAAAAAGAGAUGGCAAGUUCUCCAAAAACCAACACACCAUAGAACGUGUUCUAAACCGGUUGAAAAAUGAAAAUACACCCGUGUGGAUGGUUGUCUUCCCCGAAGGAACUCGCUUCAAUCCUUGUAAACAAGAUGUAAUUCAGAAGAGCAAAGAAUUUGCUAAGGAACGAGGUCUUCAUCCUUACGAAUAUGUUUUGACACCAAGAAUGAGGGGUUUUAAGACAGGCAUCGAUCAUCUGCGGGACCACGUGGAUGCAGUCUAUGACAUCACUAUUGGCUACAGCAAUACUGUUGACCCCAACACAGGGCUGCGACAGAGAGCACCUGGGAUGCAGAAUUUUUUAUCAGAGAAGAAACCAGAAGUUCACAUUCACAUCAAUCGAAUCAACAUAGAGGAUAUUCCUCAUUCAGACGACUCUUUUAAAACAUGGAUGUACAACCAAUUUAAAGAGAAAGACAUUUUGUUGUCCCACUUCUACAGUUCGCAUCAGAAAGGCUGCAACAUGCGGUUUCCUGGUGAAUCUCUGAUCUCCAGGCUGAAGCUGCGCCAGACCCUGCCGUCCUUGUUGGUCUGCUGCUCCCUGCUUAUGAUUAGUCUACUCACCGACUGGGGUUACACGGUCUACUGGCACGUCAUAGUGAUAGGCAGCGCAGCCGGCAUGGCCUGGAUGACGGUGAGGUCGUAACAUCUGAAGGCCAGUUAUUAGGGGUUAGGGUGGGAUGUUGUUGAUGGCACUGGAGGAGAAAACAGGACAGGGUAUUCUGAGAUGGAGGAUCAGGAGGAAAACUAAAACUGGGGGUGUGGGUGGGAGCGAAUAGUGUUGCAGUGACACAGGUGGGGGUGGAAAUUGUCUGUUGAUGAUGAUUAGGGGUGUUGGUGGAAGUGGUGGGGAGUGACUGGGAGUCAGCCAUCAGUGAUGGGUGGGAGUGAUGUCAGUGGUGGAACUAAAGCCUGUGGUACAACACAGACACUACUAACUGUGGUACUAAUGCCUCUGGUACGAGUACCUACGGAGGUGGUUGUUGUCCUUGUUAGGUUUAUUAAAGAUCAUCCAACAGAGAGAGAUCAACAUCCAACACAUCAGUAUUGCAGCACCUGAAAGAUAGGUGGUGAUGAUGAUGAUAAGAAGAGUGAAACAAGGACACAAGAGGAUUUUUUCUCAAACUGGAACCCUGGUCCAAAUACUUGCAACAGAGAAUACUCUAAUAAAGAGAACCAAGAACUGGUGGUAGUGUUAUUGUUAUUGUUGUUAUACCCUCUUCAGCAGAACCAUAAACGAGCAGACCUAAGUACUUAGACAUUCCAGCCACGACCAUUUUGUCUCUACAUCAGUCAGUUCUUUCAGUCUAUGGUCUCUGUUCACCAACAUCUCUUUCCUUUACUGUGUGCAUAUAUAUGUACACACAGACAUAAGUGUAUGUGUAUAGAGGUACAUGAAAUACCAUAUAAGGUAAAUUUUUGAUUUAUUGAAAUUCUUUACUCUUCCAGAAGCUGUAUCAUAAUUGCCAAAUGGCAAUUAAGACCAAUUCCACUUGAGAAGGGAAAAUAAUUUCAAGAAUUAAUAAUUUUCUCCAAAACUGCCAUUAAGGAUGAAGAUAAGAGGACAGUUAUGAGCAUAUGUUUCUGACUCAGUAACCAUCCUCAGCACAGCAGUUGUCUGAUCUUAUUUCCAGCAGAAUUAGUCUUAGACUUAUAUAAAAAUGAGUGGAACAAUUUAUGGCCUCGGUAAUUUGCUUAAUUUAAAUAAAAAUGAACUGAGGACAUUCAGAUACAGGAAGCAGUGCGGUGCAAAAUAAUGAUGUGGAUAUUUCUUCUAAGCCUGUUGUUGGAGUCUAAAAUAUGAAACACAUUUGCAGAUAGAUUUAGUCUCUAUUCUGUUGACUUUGUAAAUUGCAGUAGACGCCUUUCCUAUUCCAGUGCACGGGGAGAAUUGGGGGUCAAUACACACACACACACACACACACACACAUAAAUUUGAAGUAUAAGAUAUGGAUUCAGAGAAUCAUGUGGUUAUCACAGAAUGCUCUUAUUGCAGGCUAAUCCAAGAACAGAUAUGUGUAGUGUAGAGUGUCCACACAGCUGAAAAAUCUAAUCAAUGAAAUUAUUUCACAAAAUAAUUCCAUCAAUAUAUAUAAUAAUAAUAAUAAUAAUAAUGAUAAUAAUAAUUGAUGAAAGAAACAGAAGAUAGAUUUGGCAUUAGUCUUUAUUCAGUAUGACAAAUAGUAUCAACUCAUCCUGCAACUCUCCUUUAUGGGCAGGAUUUUGUGCAUCUAAUUGUGUUGCAUCAACUUGUGCAGUUUGUGUCACAUCAGUCUGUGAUGCAACACUACUAGAUGCACAAAAUCCUGCCCAUAAAGGAGAGUUGCAGGACAAGUUGAAACCAGCAUCGUACUGAAUCGACUGGUGUUAAAUCCAUCUUCUGGUUCCUUCAUCAAUUAUUAUUGAGGAAUUCUUGAAGUGGAUCCAGUGAAAAUGUACUCCAACCAUGGAUGACACUGGGUAGCCCAAACUGUGAAACGUGCUUUACUCAACACACUGACAUACAUACCCAUUAGUUCAAAAAAUUAUGUAUUUCUUCUAUCAGUUGAAUAUUUCCUUUGAACUAAAAAGGAAAUCAACAAGAACAUCAACAACCAAGGAGGAAGCCUUUGUACGGUCCUCGACCUGCUAGAAAUAGCAGCCAAAUUUUUUAUGAAUCACAUUAGCUAUUAUGAUUCAUGGUUGAGACAUUUUGAUGAUUGGUCUGCCUGAUUGCGUCUGACCUUGGGCUAAACUAUCCCAACAGCUUAUGGUACAGCAUUAUUCUAUCAUUCAAUAUUGAAACUGUAGCAAGUCUCUAUAUGGUUGUUUGAUAUACUAGAAGUAGCAGCCAGAUCUCCAUCAUCCGCUUACUGUUUGUCACAAAUAUAAGGACUGCCACAUGGCGUUACAUAAUACUGGACAUGCAAAAAAAGACAGAAUGGUCAAAACUGGAAUGUCUUUGAUCUUAAGGGGUCUGGUCUGCUCUGUUCUGUAUUGACCUGGGAUUAAGCUGUCUACAACAAUAACAAUAAUAGUUAAUAAACCUACCAUAACAUCAUGCUCUACUACCUAUGUAGUGGAGGUUAUAUUUGAAUUCCUGGUAUAAAUACCUGUUCUGCUUACUCCUGUAUCUGUAGGAGAAUGCCAGAAUAUAAACUUGGUUUUAUGGUACACGUGUGUGUGUGUAUUCAUGUAUGCGGAUAUUUAUGUUGUUGACUUUGUGUGAAACAGUACUGAGCUACAAGCAGUGAAGUCUACUGCUGUCCCUGUUCAUUAAAUUUUGCCCCUAGCUCUGUACUUUAAAAGAUGAGGGAAUAAGAAUAUUCUUUACUUGAAAAACAGGUAAGGGUUAGUUACAGGAAUGGCAUCUGGCUGUAAAUUGCUACCUCUGUCAUGUGUCUUCAUAUAACUAUUUUAGCAUGGAAAAAUGGAUUGGAAAUAAACAUACACACACACACAUAUAUAUAUGUAUAUAUAUAUAAAAUUAUUAAGGUGGUAUGUAUGUACAUUAAUAUAUAUUAGCUGAGACUUUAAGUUCCACAUGAUGGCUUAUUUAACCAAAUUGGUUGUCUAAACUGACAGGUAAAACUUCAAAGUCCCAGCCAGAAGUGAAUUUCAUAAUUUGACUCUGCAUUCGGUAUUGAGCCUUCCCAUGUACAAUAGAUGUUGUUCAUUAUAUUUAAACUAGCUUUAAUAUAAUAACCUUCAUUUGACAGUUAUGUGUGUGUGUGUAUAACAUUCCCGUAUAAGUAUACACACACACAUACAUGCACAUGUUCAUACAAACACAAUAUAUCAAUGUGAAAGAAUGUUGAUUUGUGUGUGUGUAUCUGUAGAUAUACUCAUGAUUUUUAGGUACGUGAUAUUCUGUUAUGCAACCAUAAUAUGAAAUAUAUUAAAUGUUUUUAGAAGUCAAUACCUUGUUCUCCUGUGUUAGCAGUGCUAUUGCAUCACUUGUUAAGAUUAUCUCUACAGAGUUUCUAUAGAAUAUCUGUAGACAUAAACUUAGCAAAAUAAUAUGCGUAUCAUUAUCCUCCUCUCAUCAUCAUUGUGACAUCCUCUCUUCCAUGCUUGCAGGGGUCAGGCAGAAUUUGUUGAGAUAGAUUUCCUAAGGCUGGAUGCUCUUCCUGUGCUAACCCUCACCCAAUUCCAGGCAAGGUAGUUUUUUUUUAUCCUAAAUUGGGACAUGUUUUUGUAGAAUAAUGCAAAUGAAUGACACUGCUUGUAGAACAGUGACACUCCUAUACAACUACUACAGAGUGUCAAGACGAGGAGACACACACUUGCACAUAUAUGUGCGUGCAUAUAUACAUAAAUCUAUGUCUUGUCUAAGCUUUCACUCCAUAACAGUUUAUAAUAUUGGUAAAACAAUCCAAAUUUUAGCCACUUCUGUGAUGUGCUUUCAAAUAGCCACAACAGAGGUGGACAAAUAUCUCGUUUCUUCUCUCCAUCGACAGAAAAAGUUGGUGUAUUGUCUUCAGUUAAUAUCAGUUAUUAAUCAAUAUAAAUUAGAAUGUGAUUUACUGAUGCUUCUAAAGAA